AUGUUCAGCCAACAACAACAAUUUCAACAACAAUUAAAUCAUUUGCAGCAAUUACAACAAACUCAAUUCCAACUCAAUCAAUAUUAUUCAAAUUUACAAUUACCUAACCAACCGCAACAACAACAAGCGCAAAGGAUUAUACACCAUUCUCAAUCCCACCCAAUGAUCCAAAAUAUGGGCUUGUCUCCAUCCAUGAAUGGAUCGAACCAAGCCAACGAUCAGUGGUUAGACGACUUAUUAACUAAGUCUGCACCUAUUACAACAACAAAUAGUUUCACCGAAUUAUCUACUCCUUCUGGUGUUCAAGAUCAACAAUUGAAGCAAUUACAACAACAGCAACUUUCACAGUUAGGAGCUACUUUGGACUUCACAAAGUAUUUCGAUGAUGAAAUUGACAGUGAUGGUAUGCUUGAUAAUGACGAUUCCCCUAAUGCAGUUGACGGCGAUGCUGCUUAUUUAUCAUCUUCCACUUCAGGAACUGCUGCUUCUGAUUCUCUUCAAACAUCACCCGUUGUUAUAAAGACUGAAAACAUUGAUGAUGAAGUAAUACCGGAAUUGAAAUUAAGCAAAUUCCAAACUUUAAAUGACUUCACUUCCAAAAAUUUAGAAUCAAUAUUUGAUACCAAAGAUAUCUUGAAGGACGAAAAUAACAAUUCUAAUACGUUAUUAUCCAGAAGAAAGACAAUCGAUUCAAACUUUUCAAACAAUUCAUCUACUAAAGUUACAUCCAAUAAUUCUGAAAUCGAUAAUCAAGUUGCUACUCCAGCUCCAAAGAAAAAGAGGAGAGCACCAAGAAAGAGAUUGACCGAUAGUCAAAAGCAAGCUCACAAUAAAAUUGAAAAAAAAUACAGAAUAAAUAUCAAUGCUAAGAUUGCUGGUUUACAGCAAAUUAUUCCUUGGGUUGCUUAUGAAAAGACUGCUUUUGAAACCGGUCAACAAGAUAACGACGAAGAAAUGAAUUCAAAUUGUGCUCGUUUGAAUAAAUCUAUUAUUUUAGAGAAAGCUAUUGAUUACAUUCUUUACUUACAAAAGAAUGAAAAGAAGAUAAUUUCUCAAAACCAACUUUUAAAGUCAGAAGUUGUCAGACUUGGUGGAGACGCUUCUAGAUUCGAUUGA